ACAAAAGUAAUCUAAAUGUAAUCCAAAAGUAGUCAGAUUACGUUACCAAAAAAGAUUAUCCUAUGACAUCAAAUAAGGGUUAGCACAAAAGUAAUCUAAAUGUAAUCCAAAAGUAGUCAGAUUACGUUACCAAAAAAGAUUAUCCUAUGACAUCAAAUAAGGGUUAGCACAAAAGUAAUCUAAAUGUAAUCCAAAAGUAGUCAGAUUACGUUACCAAAAAUGUGUAAUCUAAGAGAUUAUAUUACUGAUUACAAUUCAUAAGUAAUCUGCCCAGCUCUCAUUAUAGCCUAUAGCCAACCAACCAAAUGCUUACUUUUUCUCUGUGUAGUAGUCAUUAAAAUUUAGCCUUCAUGUUCCCUACUUACCUGACUAUUAUAAACUCACCAAGCACGUUUCCUAAAGAUAAAGCCAAGUGGCAUGUGAUUGCUGUCACUUUUUUUCUUUGUAAUAUAUUCUCUGGACGGUGGUCAUGUGAAACACAUGACGCACGCUCAUAGGCUGACGCUUUCCUCUCGUUUAACGUCUGUAAAGGUGUGGGUUCAUUUCCUGACCCUUUCCGCGCGUGCAACAUCAUCUCACAGGCUGUUGCAUCCUCCUGAGGGACCGUCGGCUCUCUCCACUGCCCGUACUCUACAAUUCGCAUUCUGGGUAAUACUACUCGUUCAUUUGCGAACUCGGAUGUGUGAUAUUGUCUCUCACGGCACACACGCGGCUGUUCGCUGGGAAUACACGGAAUUACAUCCGCAACAAAUGAUGAUGUGACAGCCAUCCGUUCAGAGAAAUAAUAAAAGCUAGCUGUGCAGUGGACGCUGCGUUUCUGCUAACGAAGCAAAGCCUCAGACGAUCCUUUCCCAGAUGAACAGUUACAGUAGUGUUCAGCACUGACAGACAGCAGGCAUUCGGAAUAAUACCCUGCUUUACAAACAUUCUGGGAGGAGGAGAAACAGGUUUAAGGUUCCACUUCUUUUGUGAUAUCCAGAAAGUAUACUGGUGAGUGUCUGCAACCAAUGAGCCGUGCGUCAGGAGAAGCAGCAGUACAAACCCUCUGUGGCCUGUCGUCCCCUCUGCUCUCUUCUAAUGGUUUGAUGGAGAUCUGGUCGGAUGACAGCUGGAACUGUUGUCAUAACCGGAGGAAUUCUCGCAACAGUGAUACUCCUUUGUAUCAUUGCAGUGCUUUGUUACUGUAGACUCCAGUAUUACUGCUGUAAGAGGAAUGAGUCAGAAGGGGAGGCGGGCUCGGUCGGAGAUCCUCAGCCACAGUUUGCCUGCAACGCAUGCAGCGCUCCGGGAGUGGACGGGGCGGCCGUCACACCUCUCUCGCUGCCCUACGACCCCGGUCUGCCUCACAGCUACUGCCCGACUUGCUCGCCCUACUACCUCCGUGGCACGGAUGAGAUGCGUAAUGGCGGCGAACGCCUGUCCUACAUGCCCGCUCACUACGAGAACCAUGGCGCCACCGCCCUUGGUCUGGCCGCCAUGUACGGCCCCGUGCUGAGCCAUCGCAGCACGCCAGACUUUUACACCAAUACACGAGCCAUCAGCACUGACGUCUGACCCUCACAGACCUGAGAUGAACCCAGGGACAGAGCUGCCUCUGUGAACCAGAGCAUCUGGGGCCAUGCCAUCUCCUUGCGCCAAGAGUCAAAAGACCUACAGGAUGCCAUGUUAUUCUUCCUUGCAGGUUUAAGGCCAUCUUCAGUCUUCCAUUGUCUUUUGUUUUACCUGUUUACCUCUUCCUCUUGCGCCUCGUCUGCGAGGGCUGUGAGUUAUAUGACAUGAAGUGUUUGUGUGGUUUUUGGCCUUUUUAAUGUUAAAGGUUAAAUGCAAAUAGGAUAUUUUAUUUAUCUGGAAAAGCCAGAUAAAUAAGCAUAUAUUACAUUUAGAGAGCAGCCCAAGGAAGCUUUAUAGGCUCAUCUCAAGUAUUUUGUUGUUUAUAGUGACAUGAAAGGCAAACAUUCCACACACAUUUUUAAUAGCUUUUAAAAAAAAGUACUUUUGUUGGAAAGAGCAUGAUAUUCAGCUUUAUCUAAAUAGCCCCUGAUAUGCUGAAUCUUUUUAUUUGAAACACUGGUAACCCUUUACAGUAAGAUUCAUUAGUUAAACAUUAGUUAAAUAACAUGAACCAACCAUGAGCAAUACAUUUGUUGCUGUAUUUAUUCAUCUUUGUUAACAUAAGUUAAUGAAAAUACAGUUGUU